AUGUUUUCUAAAACUAAAUAUAAAAUUAUUUUAUUAUUUUUAAUUUCUUUAUCUUUUUUUAAUCAUUUUACAAUAAUUUCAGGACUUCAAUUGGACACUGGAUUUUAUUUACCAAAUGGUAUUGUUGAAAUACAUGGUUUUGAUCUUGGAAAUGAAAACAAAACAAUUAUUGAAUUAAAUGAUAGUAAUGGACAAUUUUAUAAAAUCAGUGAAUUUAAAGGAUCAAUCAACGAGAUGAAAAUGACUUUUAAAUUACCACCAUCAUUGGUAAAUCAAAAAUUUACUGUUACAUUUAAGCUUAUUAAUGAUACAUUAGUUAAAAAUCUUUCAAUGACUGGAUCACCAUCUGUUUUACCUCCAAAUGAUAAAAAACUUAGAAUUGGACCAGUAAAAGAUAUAAUUUAUAAUGAAACUUCUUUAGUUUAUACUUUUGAUACUACUAGUGAAGAAUGUUAUUUUACAAGAUUUAUUAUGUACAAUAAUGAUAAACCAAUAUCAAACUAUUCAAAUAAUUAUUUCGAUUGUGAUACAAUUAUUAAUCAAACUAGAUACUGUGUAUUCAAAUCUGAACAACCAAUUAAUAGAUUAUGGGGUAGCUCAUCAAGCAGAGUAUGUGUCAGACAUUUUUCAAUACCUUGGGAAGAUUGUAAUAAUUUCUAUAUUGGAUCAAAAUUAACUCCAAAACCAAUAUUUAAAUUUAAUAAACUCCCUUCAACACAAGGUGAUGAGAUUAUUAUCACUGGUAGUUAUUUAAGAUUUCUAUAUGAAGAUUAUGUAAGUGAUCCAAAACCGAAUAUAAUGAACUAUAUUAGAGUAACAGCUCCUCCACAACCUUCUCUAUUUUCAUAUGCAAUUAUUAAAGGUAAUUUCGAUGAUCCCUUAUUUGAUGUUAGUAAUCUCACAGUAAGUUUUCCAGCAGGUUCUGGUUCAUCAAAAUUAAUUACUUUUAACUAUUUAUAUUAUCAAAAUUUUUCAUAUGCACCACCAAUAAUUACAAUGGUCAGUUAUAAUCAAAAAUAUUCAGAUGUAUUCAUAGAUGGUUAUAAUUUCUAUCUUAAUGCUUUUAAAGUUCAAGAAAUCUAUUUUGAUGGUGUUAAACAAAAUAAUUUCAUAAUUAAUAGAGAUCAUACACAAAUUAUUGUUAGUAAUUAUAGAAGAGUUGAAUCAGGUCAAAUGUCAAUUAAUAUUAAAGUAAAUGAUGUUUCAAUGGAAAAGAAUUUUAUUUAUUGUUUUUAUCCUCCAUCUAUCACUUCAGUAAAUUCAAUUACAUAUUAUGAUGGUGGUAUUGUUACAAUUAAAGGUUCAUUUUUAUAUUCAUCUAUGCCAACUGUUAAAAUUGGUGAUUUAUUUUGUAAAAACAUUACCUCAAAUCAAACUGAAAUUCAAUGUAUAUUGGGUCCUGCAAAUCAAGGUGGUUCAAAUUUACCAAUUAUUAUUACAUUUGAUGGUUGUGAUUCUGUUAGUAAUAAUAAUACAUUUACAUAUAAUGUACCAUCAUUAAAUAAUGCAAUUUUAUUAAAUGGUAGUAUAGUAUUAUUAAAUGGUACUAAUAUUGGUAGAGGAUCAAAUGAUUCAAUUAUUGAAAUCACUGGUAUUGGUAUAGAUGAAAAGAUUUUAAUUGAUAAGUUUGAAGUUUCAAAUGAUGAAAAAAGUUUAACAUUUGAAUUACCAUUAUUAAAAUUUAAAUUAUUUAAUAUCACAAUAAACCGUAAUAAUAUUUUAAGUAAUUCAAUACCAAUUUCAAUGUCUACAUUACCAUCAUUAAAAAUUAAUUCAAUUAGUAAUCCAACAACUGAAAAUGGUAAAUUAGAAAUUGGAAUUUACUAUAUUACUUAUCCAUUCAAUGAACAAAUUAUUCCAAAUAUAUUUAUUAAUAGUUCCAGAAAAUCAAUUCAAUGUUCAAUUCCGGUAUCAUCAAAAAAUAAAUAUAUAACAACUUGUCAAAUGCCAUCUGGUACUGGUAUUAAUAAAGAUUAUAUAUUAAAUUAUAAUUCACUUGUAUUAAAUAAUCAAUUUUCAUAUGCACAACCAAUUAUUAAUUUUUUAACAAUUUCAGCUAAAAAAGAUAUGAUUACAAUCAAUGGUAAUAAUUUUGGUAAUUCUGAAAAAGUGAUUCAAGUAUAUUAUAAUGAUGUUAAUAUCACUUCAAAAAUUCAAUUAUUAAAUAAUAAUCAAUUUCAAAUUAGAAAUAAUGAUUCAUUUAAUAAUGGUCCAAUUGAAAUGGUUGUCGAUGAAAAUAAUUUGCUUUCAGGAUUUAAUUCAACCCUACCACCAAUAGUUAAAAAAGUAAUUAAUAAUGAUUGUAAUGGUAUACUUUUAAUUUCUGGUAAUAGAUUCAUAACAAAACUAAAUGAAAAUAAAGUUAAGGUAUUAGUUAAUAAUAAAGAAACUAGAAAAUUAGCAAAUUCAACUGAUGACGUUUUAUUAGUUUCAUCACCUCAAAUUUCAUAUACUCCAUUUAAUGUAUCAGUUUAUAUUGGUCCAAAUUUAGUACUUUCAAAUGUAAUUUUAAAUCAUUCAGAUCCAAAUGUCACAAAAAUCAACCAAGUUAAAAAUGAUAAAGAUGGAUUUUCAAUUAAACUUAGUGGUAUUGGUUUCACUGAUUCAAUGGAUGCAAGUAUAGUUCUUCCAAAUGGUUCUCGAAGAGCUAUUAAAUGUAAAUUACAAUGUAUUGCUAACUUGGAAAGUACAAAUAAAAUUAAUAUUUCUAACGGUACUGGUUUUUAUCUAUGUACUUCAAAAGCAAUAAUUGAUCAAGAUUCAAUAGGUUUAAAAAUGAUAUUCAAUAGUAAAUUAAUUGAAUUUGAUGUUGAUAUUGAUGUGUAUAAAGGAAAUGAUGAUAAUAAUAAUAAAAAUAAUAGUGAUAGCUCAAAACUAUCAUCAUCAUCAUCAUCAUCAUCAUUAUUCAUAUUAAUUACUAUUAUUUCAAUUCUCUUUUAUUUAAUUCAAUAA